CUCUGUCCGCUUCCUGCCAGAAGUACAGUUACUUAGCCAUUCGUGCUUCGUUCGAACGAUAUACAUAGAAUCGCAGCCAUGAGGAACCCUUUCGCCAUCGAGGAGGACCCUCAGAAUCCAGUCCCAAGAGAAGCAUUCGGAUGGCGCAUUUAUGCCGUCGCGUUCGGUGCUACAUGGGCGUCCGCCAUGUAUGGCUAUGAUUCCGCCUUCAUCGGUGGCACUCUCGCCUUGCCAUCAUUCAAAACAGCAUUUGGUCUCAACGCAGCAGCCAGUGCCAGCCUCUCAUCCAAUAUCGUGUCGACCUUCCAGGGUGGAGCGUUUUUCGGCGUCAUCAUCGGGACCUUCUUCUCCGAGCGCUUCGGUCGUCGUUGGACCAUCGGCGGCUCAGGCAUCGUCUUCAUGAUCGGUGUUAUCCUCCAGAUGAUUGGAAAGAUCGGAUUGCUCUAUGCUGGCCGUGCCCUCACCGGUCUAGGUGUCGGCGGCUCCUCCGUUCUUCUGCCCAUUUAUAUCUCCGAGUGCGCACCAGCACCAAUCCGUGGCCGUCUCGUCGGAAUCUUCGAGAUUAUGUUGCAGAUUGCGCUUGUAUUUGGCUUCUGGGUCAACUAUGGCGUGAACAAAGAUAUCGCUGGAACGAAUCCACUUCAAUGGCACAUUCCUGUCGCUAUUCAGUUCAUUCCAUCCGGGUUGCUGGUACUGUCCCUACCUUUCCUCAUCGAAUCCCCAAGAUGGCUCGUCUCCAAAGGUCGCGAAGCUGAAGCUCUCAAAGCCCUGAGCUGGGUUCGGAAUCUAUCACCAGAGCAUGAGUACAUCCAAUGGGAAAUCAAGGAAAUGCAGGACCAAGUCCAACACGAGCUUGAUCUCACAAACGGCAAGACAUCUGUUUUUCAAACCUUUGGAGAGCUCAAGGAAGCAAGCAUCAGGAACCGUAUCCUGAUUUGUGUCGCUCUUCAUCUACUCCAAAACCUAACAGGCAUCAACGCCAUCAACUAUUACAGUCCCACGAUCUUCAAGGGUAUCGGCUUCACUGGGACAUCAACUUCUCUCCUCGCUACUGGCGUGUACGGCCUCAUCAAGAUGAUGACUACUGUCAUCUUCAUGCUCUUCUUCGUCGAUCGCUUUGGACGCAGACCUGCUCUUCUCAUCGGUGCCGUCGGUUCUUUUGGCUGUAUGCUCUAUCUGGGCAUUUUCUCCACGGUCACCAAUUCCUUCGUCGUGGCACCUCCCAAAGGUGCAGGAGCCAACGCCGCUGUCGCCAUGAUAUACCUAUACGCCAUCUUCUACGGCUUCUCAUGGAACGGCAUCCCGUGGAUCUUUGCUUCCGAGGUGCUCCCAACGCGGGUCCGUGGUCUGGGAAUGAUGUGCACUGUCUGCAUGCAAUGGCUCGCGCAAUUCAUGAUCGUGUACUCGCUUCCGUACAUGGUGAAGAGCAUUAAACAGGGAAUUUUCUUCUUCUUUGCUGCUUGCACGGUAUGUGCACUUCUGUUUGCGUACUUCCUCGUGCCUGAGACGAAGGGAGUUGUGUUGGAGGACAUGGAGUUGUUGUUUGGACCUAACACGCCGAGGUUCGCUAUUGCGAAGCGCAAGGCCUAUGAGGAGGCUCAUCUUGCGGGUAUUACAGGAGGACAGGUGUACUUUCCUCGUGAUACGAAGGCGGAAGAUACGACGGAUGUGCAGGUGGAGGAUGUUUAAGGCACAGGAGAGAAGAUGAUCCUAAGACAAUGAGAGUACGUAGAUAUAUAGAUCUCUAAAUUGAAAC